GUCGAUCUGCAGUGGAAAGCUACCCUUUCCAAGCCUGCCGAAUUGCUGGUCUCUUUCAUCGAAGACGUUGUGUUCAGCCAGGAGUAUGACAGCAACAUUUUCUUCGCUUGCAAGCAGCGGAAGGAGGCAGAGGAUGUUUUGGAGAGCUGUCCCUUCAGUGAGAAAGUGACCGCAAUUCAAGAAGCUCUUGCUGACCGCGCCAAAGGGGACCAGUAUGCGUUGGAACCCAGUCAGGAUGAGCAGCAGGAGGCUUGCCCCCGCCACGAUGACACUUCCUCUUUGCAAGUCGAGGACUGCACGGAGCCCCCAGCACCCAUCAGGAGAGAGGUUGAGGCACUCAAGCCAGAGCCCCGAGCCAUUGUGCAAAAGCAUUUGGCGGCAUGCUGGAACAAAAUUGACACCAUUGUCCAGCUGGAAGCAGAGCCCGAGAAGGCCGUCGCCAGCUUUAUGGAAAAACGGCUGCAGCAUUCCGCCAUCCAGAAGCUUCGCGAGGCAGACAAGUCGGCCGCGGGCAUGGAGUAUUACGUUAUGAUCGUGUAUGAUUGCAAAUCGGCAGGUGAGGCCAGCAGCCAUCCACAAACAAGGGUGGCCCCGCUGCAGGGCAACGGUAGCCAUCUCAAGGACUUCGUGAGGGGAAUUCUUGCAGCCAAUUCCGGCGAUUGCAAGAAUGACCUGGGGCCCCAUGACUUGUUCAUCAUUCCGAACGGCGCAGAGGAAGGCAUUGCAGCGAAGCAAUGGUACGAUGGCUUUAAGGACGUAGAGGGCAACCCUUUCGCCAAGGCUACCCGCACAUUGAAGGUGACGCUGGAUGAGGAAGGAUAUUUCAGCCGCUAUGGCUUGACCAGGGGUUACAGUUACAACCUGACCGAGGACGUCUUCUGCAUCACCAAGCAGCCGCUUGAUAUGCCACCUCGCAGUGGCAAGCACUUCACUCGCAGCAACCGGUCGAACUUCAUCGGACCCGUGGCAAUCCCCCCAUUCACGUCCGAUCAUCACCACAUGCUUCCGUGGAAGAUCAAAAGCCAGUGCUUCUCGGACAAAGUGAAGGCGUCGUGCCGAGUGGGCGGAAACGCUGCUGAAGGUGCGGAGCCUUUGCAACGGAAACCAGACGCUCUGGAGCCGAUGUCUUGGCACCAGCUCACCUGGACAUUCUGGGCCGAGCUUUGCCACAGUCACAACGUCACAGGCAUCAUCGAUUGCACUGUGGGCGCCGGCUACGUGGCAGAGGCGGCGCUUCGGGAGAAGAUCCCGUACCUGGGAGUGGCCAUGACAGUCAUGCACGCUAACCUGGUGAGGCAGUAUCUCUUCGGACGGAUGUGGGAGCUGAUGCAGAAGCCCGGCGGCGAGCACUACAGUGCCGAACUGCACGAAGCAUUGGGUCUACAGGCAACGCAGAAAGCUGAGCCUGCCCAGCCUGUCCAGCCUGCUCCCCUGCAUCAGAAUGCCAGUCGAAGCACGGGCGACGCUGGCCAGAGUGCUAAAGGUGACGAUCUGGCCAGCCUGGUGCAGAAGAUGUUGUCGGGAGCGCAGGGGCAGUCGGAGGCAAAGCCACCGCCCAAAAAAAAGCAGCGAACGGACGGAGCUGCAGCUGCAAGCGCGGUCGUGGACCUGGACGAGGCGGAGACCUAA